AUGGCGAAGUCCAAGGCGAGGCUGUACACCUGGUGCGCGCUGCUGCUGCUCUGCGUGCUCGUCUUAAUUGUGUGUCUUGCUGUGUUUGUGAGACGCAAGUGUCCAGCUGGGACCUUCGCACAUGCUGCAGUGGCCGCAGACUCUCGGACAUGCUCAGAGAUUGGACGGGACAUCCUCCAACGAGGGGGCUCAGCAGUAGAUGGCGCCAUUGCUGCGCUGCUGUGCACCUCCAUCAUCAACCCUCAGAGUAUGGGCCCUGGAGGGGGGGCCAUAUUCACUGUGAUGGACAGCUCUGGUAAAGUGAAAAUCAUCAACGCCAGAGAGACCGUACCACAGAAGUUUAAACCUGACCUGCUCAAGUCGUGUCCCAAGACCUUCCAGUUGCUGUCAGGUAGCCAGUGGAUCGGGGUCCCAGGGGAAAUUCGAGGAUACGAACAGGCACACAGGCUUUAUGGGAAGUUGCCAUGGGCAACCCUGUUCCAGCCGACCAUCCAACUGGCCAGGGAAGGGUUUCCCAUCCCUCAAAUCCAAGGUCGAUACAUCUCACACGUUGAUACGAACCAGACCCAGGCACUGCGGAAGUUAUUUUCAGAUAAGGACGGGAACUUGCUGAAGACUGGCAACACAGUGAGGUUUGAGAAACUGGCCGACACCUUUGAGAUGAUUGCAAAUCACGGGGCAGACGUCUUCUACACUGGGAGAGUGGCAGAGGAUUUAAUCCGAGACAUACAGGAGGCAGGAGGAACGCUCACGAUGCAGGACUUGGCGUCGUACAGAGCUACAGUGACUGAUGCGUGGGCUGUUCCUUUGGGAGAGUACCAGAUGUACAUACCUCCCCCCCCUGCAGGCGGCACCAUCCUCAGCCUCAUCCUGAACAUCCUCAAAGGAUAUGGCCUGAAUUCAGCGUCUCUGACAGGUGAACAGAAGACUCUGGCGUAUCACCGCUAUGUUGAAGCCUUCAAGUUUGCCAAUGGACUGAAGAAACACAUCCAUCCACAGCUCACAUCAGAACAAAUGGCGAGGAAAUUCACAGAGGACAGUUUUGCCGACAAUAUACGGAACUUGAUCAGCAGCGACAAGACUCACGAUCCCCAGUACUACAACAUCACCCCCCACCUGGACAGUGUGGGCACCACGCACGUGUCGGUGCUGGCCGAGGACGGAUCUGCUGUGUCCGUCACCAGCACCAUCAACCACAUCUUCGGCUCCAAGGUCUUCUCUCCGAGCACCGGAGUCAUCCUCAACAACGAGCUGUCCGACUUCUGCGGCCGAGUCGACAAUCUCUUUCCUGGGGAUCAGCCUCCCUCCUCCAUGUCUCCCGCCGUGCUGAAGUCUCAGUCGAGGACGCUGGUGAUUGGAGCGACCGGGGGGAGCAUGAUAACGACCGGGAUCGCCUCGACGCUCAUGAACCACCUUUGGUUUGGAAAGAGCCUGAAGGAGGCCAUCGCUGCCCCUGUGGUUUUUAUCAACUCAAAAAACACACUGAGGUUUGAAUCCAACUUUGACAAGAAUGUAAUCAAGGCUCUUAAAGCUCUGGGACACAAUCAAGAGAUGUCGAACAUCUUCUACAACGUGGUGAACGCUGUGGAGCAGGAGAACGGCUGUAUCUGUGCCGUGUCUGAUGCCAGGAAACUGGGCCAAGCAGCCGGAUACUGAGACAGCGAGUG